AUGAUUAUCAUUGUCAAAUGUCGCGAAGCAUGGAAUGUAUUGAAACAAUAUUUUGGAAAUUUUAACCUUUUUCGAUCUAUUCCAUCUACGAUCGGUGCACAUGAACAUCAAAAUCAAAAAAUAUCAACAAUAAUAUUCAUUAUUUUACUGAUCUUAUCUUUUUCAAUUCUAAUUCUGUACAACUCAAUAGUAGUUGUUCAAAAAACCAUGGCUAUUAAACACCCAAGUUUCGCAGAAUACUCUCAGCUGUUUUCGAAAUAUUCGAGUGCAUUAACAUGUCCAUGCACCAAAUUAUCGAUCAAAUAUGAAAACUUUCUUCAAAUGAAUUUUAGUCUACACCAGUUAUGUACAAGUGAUUUCGUUAUGGAUCAAUGGAUGAAUUUCGUAGCAUAUAUAGAUAUUCGUAUUCCAUUGGACGGCGGUGAUUUCCGAGUUACCAGCCGCUCUGCAUUUCCGGUUUUACGUGCUUUCUGUCGAUUGACCAAUGACACUAUUUUUCAAAACUUGAUUCGUUUCUAUGCCAUUGAUUGUGUUAGUGGAUAUCUUAUUACUUCAGAUUUAUUUCAAACAGAAGCUCAAGCACUCAUUAAUCAAUUCAUAGCAUCUAUAACAAAGCGAUCUAUGUUACCGUUACAGAUUAUUCGUGAAACAACACCAGCAAAUGGUUUAGUUUCUGAACCUUUGUCAAACUAUAAUUUUUUUCAGUGCAAAAAUUCAUCGUAUAUUUUUACGACGCCAAAUUCGUACUCAAAUUGUUCCUGUUCAAUAAGCGCAUCGUGA